GCGUUUGAAAUUGGGUGUGAUAGCAACUUAAUUAGUAUGGUCUUAAUAUUAUUACCCUGUUAAAAUGUUUAAUUCAACAAAAAAUAUUUAAUUUACAUAUUAUAGGUUCAGCAUAAUUGAAUUAUUACGAAAUAUUUUACUAUUUAGAAUAUAUCUAUUAUAUAUAUAUAUAUAUACUGCAUAAAGUAUGAAAAAAUACCAUUCCAUACAAUAUAUAUGUCUAUAUGUUAACCAAAUGCAGUUCGGUUACUUGAUACGGGUGGUAUAAAUAAGCAUUUGGUAUGCCAUCAUAAAAAAACGUCUUUCAUAGAUAUAUAUUUCUUUUAUAUAAAAUUUAAAUGUAUCUGGCAACUUUAUUCAUACAUGUGCCAUUGGCAAUAUUACAAAUAAUUUUUUGUAACAAACACGUGUGUUAGCAAAUAGCGUGGUUCAUUCACAUUCGAUAUUCGAUCGGUUUAAUUAGUAGUGUUAAAAUAAUAUUUUAAAGAUUAAAAAUGAAGCAAAGGAAAUCAAAUGUUGGAGUAAAAUCACCUUUAAACGGUGUGAAAAAUGAUAGCAUCGUGAAGAGGCAAAGAAAUAGUGAACUAAGCACUCCAGCAAAAGGAACACCAGCAAAGAACAAUCAAAAGAAACUUGGCAAAACUCCUGUUAAGGAAGUACCACCGAAGAAGGUAGAGGUGGAAGACGAAGAUGAAUCCGAGGAAGAAGAAGAUUCCGGUGCCGAUGUAGCAGAAGAUAUUGUUAUCGAAGAUGGGGAUUCUGAAGCUGAAGAUCAAGAGGACGACGACGAUGAUGAUGACGACGACGAUGAUGAUUAUGAAGAAGAUGACGACAAUGCCGGUUUGGUAGAUGACGAAGCAGAGGAAGAUGAUGAGGCUGAGGGUAAUAGUGACGAAGAACCAGAUGAAGUACCCAUUGAAAAACAUGCCACGGAAUCCCCAGCCAAGGCUAAGCCUAAAAAGUCGAAGUCAUCGGAUGAGACUGGUGUGCAAAAAAUUAAAACUGGAGCUCUUCCAAAAGAUUUUCCAAAGGAGCAAGUGCUUAUUGUAAAAAAUUUGCCCAAAAAUUACAAACAAAUUGACAUCGUUGAGGUAUUUGCGAAGUUUGGUACCUUACAUACAAUUUAUAAUAAUCAUGGACCAGCAAGCUGUGUAGCAUAUGUUGCAUAUACAUCGCCGGAAGAAGCCGAAGCGGCCCAAGAAGCAACAGACAAAAUUGCUAAAGUAAAAGGAGCCCUUUUAAGUGUAAACAUUCAAACGCCAAAUGCGAAAAAACUUAAAAAGGCCGAACUCAAAAAUAAGAUUUCUGAAGAAAAAAAAGACACGUUCGAAGAAAACAAAAAAAAAUAUGAGGAAAGCAAGAACCGAACAGUAUAUAUCAAAUAUGUAAAACUCGGAACAACAGAAGAUCAAAUUAAGAGUCAUUUCGCCAAUUGUGGUGUCAUCGAAAGUAUUAAAGUAUUGACACGUGGUCAGAACUCUUUUAGUUAUGUUUGUUUCGAAGAUGAGGCGGCAAUUCCAAAUGCUUUAAAGCUACACAAUUCAAUACUAAAUGAGAGUAACAUUUCGGUUCUUAAGAGUGACCAACAAUUCAAAGAGAUGACUAAGGAUCCUCAACGCACAAUUCUACUUAAAAAUAAUACAAAUUUAUCGAAUUUCGAGUCCUCGAAAUUAGAGGUGAUAUUCUCAAAGUGUGGCGAAAUUGAAACCUAUUCCAUAGUGUGCAUGAAAAAUGUGUUGGCUUUUGUAACAUUCAAGGAUCAAAAAUCUGCUAAAAAAGCUUUAAAAUUGAAUGGUACCAGUGCACAAGGUAUCGAUUUAGAAAUUGAAGAGUAUAAAGUAAUUACACCCAAAUAUAAAACAACUGUAUUUGUACAGAAUGUGAGAGCAGGUGUAACCCAAGAAGAAAUUCGUGAGCUUUUUGCUUCCACAGGACCAAUUGAGAGUGUGAAUGUAUUUAACAACUUCGCCAUUGUUAAAUUCGAGGAUACUGAUAGCUUUUGCAAAGCUUUCCUCUUAAACGAGUCAUAUGUGCGCGGACAAAUCAUAUUCUUAGAACCAUAUUCGGAAAAGAAACAGGCUGUACUAAGAAAAAUACAUCAAAAGCCAGGAUUUAACCGGAAAAGACCAGCGGAUUCGCAACAAAAGGGCUUUGCUAAAAAAAGUAAACCUAAUUAACUGAACUGUUGCUGCAUACAUUUUAAUUUCUUUUCGUAUGAAAAGUAAUUUUUACAUAUAGUUUUAAAUAUAAUGUAUAAAACAAAAA